AUGCAAAUCUUUGUGAAAACUCUCACUGGCAAGACCAUCACCUUGGAAGUAGAACCAAGCGAUACAAUUGAAAACGUAAAGACGAAAAUUCAAGAUAAAGAAGGCAUCCCGCCCGACCAACAACGUCUGAUUUUUGCCGGCAAACAACUCGAAGACGGCCGAACCCUUUCUGACUACAAUAUCCAGAAAGAAUCAACACUUCAUCUUGUCCUUCGACUCCGAGGUGGAAUGCAGAUUUUCGUGAAAACCCUGACUGGCAAAACCAUCACGCUCGAAGUCGAACCAAGCGACACAAUCGAGAAUGUGAAAACGAAAAUUCAAGACAAGGAAGGCAUCCCUCCCGACCAACAACGAUUGAUCUUCGCUGGUAAACAACUCGAAGAUGGCCGAACCCUGUCCGACUACAAUAUCCAAAAGGAAUCUACCCUUCAUCUUGUGCUUCGACUCCGAGGUGGAAUGCAGAUCUUCGUCAAAACUUUGACCGGCAAAACAAUCACCCUAGAAGUCGAACCCAGUGACACAAUCGAGAACGUGAAAACGAAAAUUCAAGACAAGGAAGGCAUCCCUCCAGACCAACAACGUUUGAUCUUCGCCGGCAAACAGCUCGAAGAUGGCCGAACCCUUUCGGAUUACAAUAUCCAGAAAGAAUCCACCCUUCAUCUUGUCCUUCGACUUCGUGGUGGUAUGCAGAUCUUUGUGAAAACCCUGACUGGUAAAACCAUCACCCUCGAAGUUGAACCCAGCGACACGAUCGAGAAUGUCAAGACCAAAAUUCAAGACAAGGAAGGCAUCCCUCCAGACCAACAACGUUUGAUCUUCGCCGGCAAACAGCUCGAAGAUGGCCGAACCCUUUCGGAUUACAAUAUCCAGAAAGAAUCCACCCUUCAUCUUGUUCUUCGACUUCGUGGUGGUAUGCAGAUCUUUGUGAAAACCCUGACCGGUAAAACCAUCACCCUCGAAGUUGAACCCAGCGACACGAUUGAGAAUGUCAAGACCAAAAUUCAGGACAAGGAAGGCAUCCCUCCAGACCAACAACGUCUGAUCUUCGCAGGAAAGCAGUUGGAAGAUGGCCGAACCCUUUCUGAUUACAACAUUCAGAAAGAAUCCACCCUUCAUCUUGUCCUUAGACUUCGUGGUGGUAUGCAGAUCUUCGUGAAAACCCUGACCGGUAAAACCAUCACCCUCGAAGUUGAACCCAGCGACACGAUUGAGAACGUAAAAACCAAAAUUCAAGACAAGGAAGGCAUCCCUCCAGACCAACAACGUUUGAUCUUCGCCGGCAAACAGCUCGAAGAUGGCCGAACCCUUUCGGAUUACAAUAUCCAGAAAGAAUCCACCCUUCAUCUUGUCCUUCGACUCCGAGGUGGUAUGCAGAUCUUCGUGAAAACUCUGACCGGUAAAACCAUCACCCUCGAAGUUGAACCCAGCGACACGAUUGAGAAUGUGAAGACCAAAAUUCAAGACAAGGAAGGCAUCCCUCCAGACCAACAACGAUUGAUCUUCGCUGGUAAACAACUCGAAGAUGGCCGAACCCUUUCUGAUUACAAUAUCCAGAAAGAAUCCACCCUUCAUCUUGUCCUUCGACUUCGUGGUGGAAACUAA